UAAAAGAAACAAAUUACAGAAGCCCCAUAAAAAGGUUACGAUCGGAGAUGAAACUUCGUCUGAAAAUUCAAAAAGCUAACACGGAGAAGCGGAGAUAGGGCCAAAGUCAUGGCCGCCGCACUCUGCUUCGCUACUCCUCUGUUCGUUCUAUUCCUUAUUGUUGGGUGUGCUGCGAGGCCUUUCUAUCCACUUCCUAGUAAACCCCCUGAAGGAAGUAGACGACCUCUUCAAACCACCCGUCCAUAUAAUAUUGCCCAUCGAGGUUCAAACGGAGAGUUCCCUGAAGAAACUCUUCCUGCAUAUGAGAGAGCUAUAGAAGAGGGUGCAGACUUCAUUGAGACCGACGUCUUAUCUUCAAAAGAUGGAGUUCUUAUAUGCUUCCAUGAUGUAACCCUUGAUGAGACUACUGAUGUUGAAACAUACAAAAAGUUUGCCAAUCGCAAAAGAACAUAUGAAGUCCAAGGAGUUAACACCACUGGUUUUUUUACUGUUGAUUUCACACUAAAAGAAUUACAGUCAUUGAGGGUGAAGCAGAGGUAUCCUUAUAGAGAUCAACAAUAUAAUGGAAAAUAUUCUAUUAUAACUUUUGAGGACUACAUUGCAAUUGCACUCAAUGCACCGAGAGUUGUUGGAAUAUACCCAGAGAUAAAAAAUCCAGUGUUCAUCAACCAGCGUGUCAAAUGGCCAGAUGGUAAAAGAUUUGAGGACAAGUUUGUUGAGAUUCUGAAGAAGUAUGGAUACAGAGGUUCAUAUUUGUCAAAAGACUGGUUGAAACAACCUGCAUUCAUUCAGUCAUUUGCUCCAACUUCCAUUAUAUACAUAUCAAAUCUUACCGACCUGCCCAAGAUCUUAUUAAUCGACGAUACAACAAUUCCAACACAAGACACAAAUCAGUCAUAUUCGGAAAUUACUUCAGAUAGCUACUUCAAUUACAUCAAAAAGUAUGUGGUGGGAAUUGGACCUUGGAAGGAUACAGUGGUUCCUGUAGUCAACAACUAUAUCCUAACACCUACAGAUCUUGUUGCUCGAGCGCAUGCACAUAACCUACAGGUUCAUCCAUACACUUUCCGAAACGAGUACAACUUUGUCCACUUCAACUUUCAUCAAGACCCAUAUGAGGAAUUCGAUUACUGGAUCAACACGAUAGGAGUCGACGGGCUCUUCACCGACUUUACGGGCAGUCUCCAUCAUUUUGAGGAAUGGACCUCUAAUAUUCCUCCAGAUGAUACAGACGAGAAGGGUGCAUCUCGUUUGUUGCAUAAAAUUUCUGUGAUGGUAAAUUCAUAUAGAAGUCUUUAGGACAGUUUAUAUGGCUGGCUGAUGCAAGCUUCAUUUGGACAAUAGCAUUGCUGAAACUUGUUUAUAGAUGAGGCAAAUUGGGGUAUUUCAUUUAAACUAGGAUAUAAUAGAAUUGUCAAUCAAUAAAGAAAGAAUUGUUGGUUCAUUGAUCUCAGCGACCGAUAUAUCAACUUCUCAGUUCUCAUUCUGAAAACGAAGAGAAGUUUGCUAUUAUUAUGUAAUUAUUGGAAGUUUGAGAUCCUUCAUUUCUCCUUCAA